AACAAGAUUGUCGCCAUGAGCCUUGCUGAGCCGUCUGACGACUCCCAGGGUAUCCCUUCCAUGGGAACAGCCCUGAGCUCAUGUUCUAUAAAUAUAAAUAGCACGAAGAGAAGGAAGGGGUUGAGGGGGGGUUCACAGUGGAGGUAUAUUAAGGCGAGAGGCGACCACACGAGCCAGGAGAAGAAUCUCAAGAAGACGUGCAUCCAAGUUAGGUUUCCCAUCCAGAAGGUCAGCCUCAUGUCCCGACACGCGGCGCUGAGCAGCCUCUUUGGCGACGAUCCCUUCUUCAGCCAGGGCGGGCUCUUGUGGCCCCUUUCCUCGCUCCGCCAGGACCUCCUCCACCGCAAAGCGGAGCUGGCCGACACGUUCUUCAAGGACGGACCUCGACUCUUGAACUCACCUCUCAUGGGCUCCGCUUUCCUCAGAAUGAGCGACCAAGAAGACGCCGAAGAAGAGGAGACGCAGCGCCAGGUCCAGCGGGCUUCGCCGCACGACGACCUCCUGGUGACCCUGGACGCCCGCGGCUACGCCCCAGGCGACAUCAGCGUCAAACUGGAGGGACGCAACCUGCUGGUGAUGGCCACCAAGCAGGCGGGCGCUCAGGAAGCUCACUCCUGCUCCUCCGCGUCCUCGCGAGCCUCCUUCGCCUCCUCGGCCGCCUCGCGUCUGGGCUUCAAGCAGAAGAUCCACCUGUCGCCUCACCUGGACCUGUCCGGACUGUCCUGCUCGCUCAUGGAGGACGGACAGCUGCGUAUCCACGCCCCGGUGGCUAGGCGGCCAAUCACGGAGGGGCCCCAUGAGCCAAUCGCGGAGGAGCACAAAGAGCCACUGGAGGCUCGCCAAGAGCCAAUCACGGAGGAGCGAGAGGAGGCUCCUCCUCUUUUCAGAACUGCCCUGGAAUUCCCCAUCACUAAGGAGCAGACUGAGGCCCAACACACACACUAGCACACAAACACACACACAGCCUUAAGUCAAUUAAAGACCUACAACUUCACUCUAAAAAGAUCAUUAUAGUUGCACUGCACUUGUUUUCCAUGUCUUGUAUUACUUUGUAACAUCCAAGUGCUGAAAAGGCUUCACGUAAGACUUAAUUAGAGACAUUUUAUGUCAUCGGAAAAGUGUUUUUUUCCCCUUCUUUUUGUUACGUUUUGAUGUACAGCACAGUUAUGUCCCCGAGCACAGUUUAAACAAUUUGCAUUCUCAAGGUUUCAUUUUCAUGUAACCCGCCUCUCACCCAAAGUCAACUGGGAUUGGCUCAGCUCAGCCAACCGCGACAUUAGUGAAUUUAAAACGGAACAGGAAAUUGAAUGACGGAUGGUUUAAUUUGCCAUGCAAUCCAAAUAGCAACAGACGACAUUUAUUUAUUAAUUUUUUUUAUGUACAGUUUCUCAAACUGGGGUCAACGGACCCUCGGGGGUCCUCGAGCCAUUUGAAGUUUUUAAAAAGUUCAUACCCAUAUAUGGGGACCAGCACACCAAUAAAACAAACUGAGUUCAAUUACUUCUGCCUACCUUAGCUUCAGUCCAAUCAAAAGCUCUGAUAUGAUUGUGACGUAUCACAUAAAUCUAAGAUAUCCCUUUUUUUUAAUUUAUUUUUUUAAAGAGGAUAAAGGUGUUAUUUUCCAGAAUAAAAUGUGAAAUAUUAUGACUAAUAAAGUUGUAUUUUGGGAAAUUUACAAGGUAAAAUAUUACUUACGGCUUUAUCUUGGAACAAUACAACUGUAUUCUCGGAAGAUUACAAGCUUUUUCUCUAUUUUAAUGUAUUUUAGUUACAUUAUGACUUUAUUUCUCAAAAAUUGGCAAUGCUUUUUUUAGGUUUUAAUGUUUCAUUCCUAAAUUCCUAGGGGUGCACAUGGUGAUUGUGUGGUGGAAUAUUUGAUACAGCUCUUACAUUGGAUUUCGCGACAUUGUGUAAGUCGUCAUAAUGUAGUGGCUGGUUGGAAUCCAUAUAAAAUUUUCAUUUUUUCCCAAUGAAUUAAGGUUUAUAUUCAUUCUUAACGAAUAAAAGAAUUGGAAUCAA